AGGAGAUGCCACGGCCCCUUCGUGAACAUGGAGGGGAGCUGGGAGGGAUGGAGAGGCACCCCGCACCCUGAAUUCUCUACCUGUCAGUCUCUGUGACUCAGAGUCAAUCCGUCAUGGGCACCACCAGCAAUGACCCCCUGUUGAUGAGAUUCCUUCCUGUUGGCCAGAAAAGAGAGCCAAAAAACUAUGCCCGCCCUGAAGUUUUGCGCCAGACCUUUGAGACUAUCUCUGCUCUCCACAAGCUGCUUCCAAAUCACAUGAUGGAGAUGCUCUACUCCUACAAGACCGAGGAGGACAAAAGGAAAUGUGACAGAGCUGACCUGACUGGCUUGGAAAGGAUCUUAGAGAGGCAUCAGUUCCCACCAGAGAUCAAUCUGACCCCGAAGCCAAGUACAACACACUCAUGGAAACGAAAAGCCAUCAACAAUGCAAGGGAAGCGCGGAAGAGAUGCCCCCUGUGGAAGGAAAACUCGGAGGAGCCGCCCAUGUGCACCGUGCUGGCCAGGUGGCUCAGGACCUCGCGUGGAUCCACUGAGGAUCUCAAAUCGGUCACAGAUCAGCUGGCAGCGUUUGGCCCGAUCCGGUCGGUCACCACCUGUGGACGCCAGAGUGCCCUCGUGGUAUUCAGGGACAUCGAGGCCGCCUGCAAGGCUGUGAGCGCUUUCCACGGCAAGGCCCGGGGCUCCGCGCUGCAGUGCUCCUGGCGGCAGGGAUUCAUGUCGAAGGACGUAAGUGGCGUCACCUCAGCCCUCGGUGCACUGUUAGGGAAGUUCUAUUCACGAGGACUCUCAGUGCAGCAGGACACAGCUGGCAAGGGGGCCCUUUAAAGGCGCAGCGAAGCCGACCUCGCUU